UUAGAAAUCUCCCAACCGUUCGAAAAGGAGAAAACUUCAACGAAGAUUUUGCUACACUCACCGACAACCUAGAAUCCAUAUUAAUCCAAUUUAGACAACAUAAUUCUGAUUUUAAUAAUCCUUCAAUUCUAAUGGACAUUGAAGCUAAACUACCAAAUUUUGUAUUAGAAGAAAUAUUUAAAACAAAAGAACAACACGCCGGGCAUUGGACAACAGACGAUUUAAAAGAAUGCUUAAAAAAUAUUAGAAAAAGAAGGGAAGAAAUUAAUGCAGUUCACCCAUCAAGACUGACUCCACAAAAACCAAAUGUCCAACAAUUGCCUCCUUUUCGAUUGGACACACCCGUAAGUUACCGAAAUUCUUUACCCUUUAACAGGCAACUGCCAACAAGAAAUUUGCAAGAAAACCCUCCUUUAACCCUUUCCGCUGUGGCCAAUCAACAAAAUUAUAGAAAUCCCGGCUUUAGACAUCCGUGCCUUUUCUGCAACGACACCAGCCACAUUACCACCUACUGCAAAAACUUUCCGGAGCACAAUUCCCGGAUUUCCCGACUUAAUGAAUUAAACCUUUGCUCCCGAUGCUUGCAGCCCAACCACAAUUUUAAAAAUUGCCCAAACCCUUCCCAAUGUAAAAAUUGCAAUAAAAUGCACCCUCGCCCCCUUUGCUAUAAAAUCCUUGCAAAAUUUAGCCAGAAAGCAAAUAUUUGCAAUAACCAAAUCCACACAUCAAAUUAUGCAUCCCGAAAUUGCUAUGAAAACAAUACCCACCAGAACCCCAAAAUUUACGAAAUUAAUCAGCAAGCAAACACUACCGGGCAUUACUGUAACUCAAGCCCGCCUCAGACCAUGAUACUACCGAUAAGUGCACAAACAACCUUUUGUCAAGCAAACAGAAAUUUCUCACCUCUCCCACCAAAUCCCAUCUUAGAAACUAAAAAGGCAGCCCAAUUCUCCGCUCAUACCUUGCAAAUAAAUCCUCCAACCCCCAUAUGCAACACAAUUUACAGAUCGCACUCAUACUUCAACCACAAUUACGAAAAAAUAAAUAAAAAUUUGCUUUACCCUCGGCCGAGGGUCGAUUACUCGAAUUCCUCCACCUCCACCCUCUCUAAAUACAAAAAGAAAGUGAAAACACCAGCAAAAACAAAAACGAAACAACCAAAAUUAAUUCCUACGGCCAACAAUGCACUUCCACCAACAAUUAUUAAAACAACAACAACAAACCAUCCACCCAUUAAUACAACAACAACUACUAAACCAACGUUUUGCAACAACAAAUUCAGGAAGAAACACUCUUCUGCGAAGAAAAAUUUAGCUAAUAAAGGUAAAAAUGUUUUUGCCACAAAAAACCCCACAUUUUUUAAUUCACAUAUACGUGCCCGUUCUUCAACUCAACACUUGACUGGUGGUGUUCGUCCUCAACCACUAAUGUCUCUUCAUGUGCCACGUCCACCUCACAUCCAACACUUCCCUCAACCCCAUCCCAACAUGCCACAACAGAAUUUCCAAUUUGCUCAACUGCCCUACCAAUUUAGCCCACUGGCACCAACACAAUACUAUUGGAACAAAAGAAAUGGAAUGUUUCCGUUGCUGGGGAAUGUCGUUUCACGACUUUAAAGAUUAAAGAAUUUAUUUUUAAUUUCUAAAUUUUUUCCUUUUUCAACGACACCUGCAUUUAAAAACUUAAAAACAAAAUUCCUUUCCUAGACCAUUGGUUGUUUAUUUUAAAAUGUUUAUCCCUCCCCUUUUUUAUUCAACUGAAUGUAUCUGCUUUUUUUCAUUAUUCAUUCUUCAUACUUUUGCUUUUAACUUGUACGACUUUACUUUGCUCUGCCUUAUAAAAUAUUCUUUUGCUGCUGAUUUAGCCUUUGCUCUUCUAAAAAUAUUCUACAAUUUUGCUCUGGACUU